AUGCUUAGCAUCUCGACCUUCGGCCCCAGGCCGCCGCCUAACCGCCGCCUCCUGCCGGCUGACCACGACCAGUCCGCAACCAGGUUCAACGACUUCUCCAGCUCCUUCUUCGACUCGCCUUCGGUCAACAUGUUCUUCAAUGGCGUCUACUACCCCAAUUGGCACAUCUACAAGGGCCGCCCGCCGUCGUCGCUUAAGUUCGACGUCAUCUCUCACGCCUUCUAUGCCUUUGCUCACGUCAAGGAGGAUGGCUCUGUUUUUUUGAGCGACGAGUGGGCCGAUGAUCAAAUGGACGUCGAUGGCACCAAGGGCUGCCUGCGUUCAUUUGUCGAGCUCAAGAAAAAGUACACUGUCCUGAGGGUUGUUCUGUCCGUUGGCGGCGGCGGUGCUGCCAGCGCGCCCUUCCCCGCUGCCGCGAGCACCGAUGAGACCCGCGAGCGGUUUGCCCAGACUGCAAAACAGCUGGUCAUGGACUACGGUCUUGACGGCAUCGACAUCGACUGGGAGCAUCCGAGCAACAGCCAACAAGGCGCCGACUACAUUCGCCUGCUCGCCACCCUCCGUGCGUACCUCCCGGCGCCACAGUACACACUGACCUCGGCCGUGGGGUGCGGAGAGUGGUGCUUGCAGCACAUCAACCUGGCGCAGGCGGCGUACUACCUGGAUCUAAUCAACGUCAUGACCUACGACUUCUCCGGGCCCUGGGUGCCCAGCACAGAGCAUCACGCGCAACUGUGGUCUCCGCGCAGACCGCAUAACCAGCACUGCCAGCUCUCGUGCCACAGCGCUGUCAAUUACCUCGCCUCCCGUGGCGUCCCGACGCACAAGAUUCUACUUGGCGUUCCCGCGUAUGGCCGCUCUUUCACGGGUACGCGCGGCGUGGGCCAUUCGUACGACGGGCAUGCGGGCGAGGAGGGCACGUUCGAGUAUAGAGACCUGCCGCGCCCCGAUGCCAAGGAGUACGUCGAUGACCAAACAGGCUCGGCAUUCUGCAUGGGCGGUGAUGGUGGGUUUGUCACGUAUGACAACGCGCAGACAGUGCGCAUGAAGGCCGAGUACGUGAAGCAGAGUCGCCUGGCGGGCUUGUUCUACUGGACAGGUACGGGCGACAAGGAAGACAACCAAAGCAGUUUGGUGUGGAAUGGGCUCCCGACAAGCGAGUUGGAUGGACGUCUGAUUCUUGACUGGGAAACCGACUACAAUCCCGUCGACCACCUCAACCAGAUCUUCUCCCACCCCUGCACCCUCGCCUCCAUCCACGACACCUCACAGGCUCUACGCAACUACGAAUAUGACCUGGACGAGGACAUCGCCGAGGUUGUCGGCGAGCAGAGCCUCUCGGACGCCGAGAGCGUGCGCAACAUCCAGAAUGCGAAGCAGGAGCUAGACGAGCUGUUCAAGCGCAUCGAGGAUGUGCGCGACCGCGCCGUGCGCACCGAGCAGGCCAUCACCGACAUGACGGCCGACAUCAAGCGCCUCGACAACACCAAGCGCAACCUGACCCUGUCCAUGACGGCGCUCAAGCGCCUGCAGAUGCUGACCACCGCUUACGAGCAGCUGCGCGGCCUCAGCAAGACCCGCCAGUACCGCGAGUGCGCCCAGCUGCUGCAGGCUGUCAUCCAGCUAGUCGCCCACUUCAAGUCGUACCGCUCCAUCGACCAGAUCGCCACCCUCAGCCGCAACGUCGCCGACCUGCAGCGCGAGCUGCUGGAACAGAUAUGCGAAGACUUUGAGGUUACCUUCGCCAAGAGCGAGGUUGCGCAGCGUCGCGGCAUGCUGGCCGAGGGCUGCAUGGUCAUGGAUGCCCUCGGCGAACACGCCCGCACACGUCUCGUCAACUGGUACUGCAAUACCCAGCUGCGCGAGUACCGCCAGGUCUUCCGCAAUAAUGACGAGGCUGGCUCGCUAGACAACAUCUCGAGGAGAUACUCGUGGUUCAACCGCAUGUUGAAGACGUACGACAGCGAGCACGCCGUGCUCUUUCCGCCCCACUGGAGGGUCAAUGAAAUGCUGGCAAAUGCCUUCUGCGAGGGGACGAGAGACGAUUUCAAGGGAAUACUGCAGCGAACCAUGAGACAGAAAGGCCAAUCUCUGGACGUGGACCUGUUACUGUCUUGUCUUCAGGAGACACUGGAUUUCGAGAAUGGUCUUGAGCGGCGCUUCUCCAACGAGUCGCGGUCGUCUAUGGAUACCAUCAUAUCAAGAGAAGACAACGGGACAUCUUUCCGUCAGGCUAUCUCCGAAGCAUUCGAGCCAUACAUGAGUCUCUGGGUCGAGUCUCAGGAUAGACAACUUGCUACACUAAUACCAAGGUACAGGCAGCAGCCCCUGCGUAAUGCCGAUGACGAGUUUUCGCCGCAGUCCGUCAUCCCGUCUUCCACAGAACUCUUCCAUUUCUAUCGGACAGCACUCGCACAAUGCGCGAAGCUGUCCACAGGCGUCAGAUUACUGGAGUUAUCCAGAACGUUUUCCCGUUAUCUGGAUGCAUAUGGCCAGCAAGUGCUGUUCUACUUUCUUGCUGAGAAGACUUCGAUUGAAGACAUGAUUUUAAUUCUCAACACGGCCGACUAUUGUUACUCGACUUGUGACCAGCUGGAGCAGAAGAUCAAGAGUAAGAUUGAUGACGAGCACAAGGAAAAGGUCGAUCUCCAAAGCCAGGCAGACGCCUUCAUGGGAAUCGCAAGCGCAUCUGUCCGAGCACUCGUCCGCAAAGUAGAGGUUGACUGCGAGCAAGGAUGGAGGGAAAUGCGGAAUACGCCAUGGAGCAAGCUAGAGAGCGUUGGUGAUCAGUCGACCUAUGUGGGGGAGCUACUCCAUCAUAUCAAAGAGAGGGCGGCCGAAAUUCUCAAGUACCUGCAUAAGCAGCAGUACGCGCGGGCCUUUUGCGACAACCUCGUCGAUUCAAUGGUCAAUACCUACAUCCUCAGCAUCUUCCAGUGCCGGCCGGUCUCUGAAGUCGGUGCCGAACAAAUGCUCCUGGACUCCUAUGUGUUGAAAAAGGGCUUCACGGAGCUCUCAAUAAUUAACAGCGAGGAUCCAGGAGCACAACCUCCAGCAGCCUUCGUCAAGCGUGUGACCCAAUCCAUGGCCAAGCUCGACCCUCUCCUCAAAACCCUCCAAGUCCGGCCCUCCCCCCCGGAAGCCCUCGUUCAAGCCUACCUGAUCCACAUAGCCGACCGUUCCGACACGAACUUCCGCAAGAUCCUCGACCUCAAGGGCAUCCGCAAAUCCGAGCAGGCGGCGCUCGUCGACCUCUUCAAUGCCCACCGGCAGUCACCGUCGCACGCUCAACUACCGCUGCAGGGCGCGCUCCUCACACCGCUGUCUAUCGGCUCUGGCACGCCCUCGAUCGGCUCCUCUGGCUCGUCAGCGGGUGGCGUUGGCAUGGGACCACUCGCUGGCAUCGGCGGGUUGGGCGGCGGCGGCCAGGGAGUGGGUAGCCGCUUCCUCGUUGACCCGGCGACGUUUGCGUCAGGCAUCAUGAACGCAGCCAGAGACGGUGUCGAUCGGUUCGGCAGUGGACCGGUGGGAGCGGGCAACGUCAUACCGGCUAUGGCGGCGGCGGAGAGGGGAUUGGGCGGCGGAGCAGCGCAGGGACAAGGCUUGGGUGGUGAGGGCUUGGUUGCUGGCGGGCCGGCUGUGGCAAAUUUGAACGAGAAUUUGAAGAAUAUUGGCAAGUUUUUCAGGAGAGACGUGGGCAGUUUCGGCAGGUUUGGACGGACUGGGACAGGGUUGGGUGAUUGA